UAAACAGCUAAGCUCAGUGCUCAAACAGCUCAGCACCAGGACUGGUCUCUGUGCCUUUUUUUUAAAGACUCAAACCACAAUAAAAGAUGUCUAAAUCACCGCCUCCGGUGGUCCCCAGAAAGCAUUCAGGUGUCAGAGUCAUGAUAAUUCCAGGACAGCAGCCCGCUCCUGCUGGUCUGCCCACCUGCACAGGUUUUGACAAAGAGAAUGGUGCCAGUGGGGAGUCAAAUCAUACAUCUCUACUGAAUGCAGAGAGAGAAGUGGAGAUUAUGAAUCACUGCUUUGACGAUGUGGAGCGAUUCAUGGCACGCUUGCAGCAGACAGCUGAGGCCCAGACUAUUCUCAACCAAAGGAGGAAAAAGAGAAGCAGAAAGAGCAAGAAGAAGGAGGAUCAUGAUGAUGAUUUGUUGACCCUGAAAGCUCUCCCUCCAUCUGAGGAAGAAUUUGUAGACAUCUUUCAAAAAAUCAAGUACUCCCUCAGUCUGCUGGAUCGUCUCAAGUCAUCCAUCAAACAGCCUGACGCACCAGAGCUGCUGCAUUCCAUCUUUGUACCUCUUAGACUGAUGGUGAAGACCACUGGAGGGCCAGCGUUAGGAGCGUCGGUGCUCAGUCCUGCUAUGACCAGUGGUGCUGUUUCACUGCUUCAGGAGCAUCUGACCAAAGAUGAAAAGGAGCUCUGGACUUCAUUAGGGCCCAACUGGAUUUCACCCUGUUCGCAACUCAGUGUGUCUGUCCCUCCAUACUCACCUGUCUUCCUGGAUGGGUGGCAGCCUCAGGCUUAUGACUCAACUGGCCAGCUUUGCGAAGAUCCGAUCCAGUCGCAGCACAAACAAGAUGCUCUCAUAGAAAGUAGGGGGGCGCGAAAUCUACAGGCACAAGCUCGACAGAUAGCACAAAGCCCGGGUGAAGGCACUGAUGAAGUAGAAGGAAAUGGGCUUCCACCAGAGGGUGAGAGACUUUUCUGCUGCAGUUACGACUUUGUGGCCAGAAACAGCAGUGAGCUCUCUGUGCUACAAGGAGAAACAUUAGAGGUCAUCGAGUCGUCGAAGCGGUGGUGGAAGUGUCGGAAUCGCUUUGACCAGAUAGGAUUUGUCCCCUUUAAUAUCCUGGAGCCUCUGUCUGCGUUGAAUAACACUGGGGGAAGCAGCCCCGUGGUACUUAGAGAUUCAAAGCAGACGCCCCUUUCCCCUCGGACAAAGUACUUCUCAUAUGCUCCUCCAAGCCCAGUUAGGACUAGUCCUGCUGCUACAAGUCCGAUGCGACCACAGAGCAUGAUUUUACCAUCGCAAAUGAUGCAAGGAGAAGACAGUGACCCAGUCCUGAUAAUAAAUGAUGAGCUCCUUCAGCGGCUAGCUGGGAGAAGAGACUCAGCCCGUCCGCAGGUGGUCCCCCGCACAGCUGACACUUCUACUCCCCUGAACUACCACUCACCAGCUGUCGAGGUGGAGGCCUGGCUCAACACCAAGGGCUUCAGCCAACAGACAGUACAGAGUCUGGGAAUUUUAAAUGGAGCGCAGCUUUUUUCCCUGGAUAAAGGUGAACUCUGCACCGUGUCACCGGAAGAAGGCCAGAGAGUCUACAGCCAAAUUAUGGUGCAGAAGGCCCUUCUUGAGGAUGUGCGCAAAGCAACAGAACUAGAGACGGCAAUGGAGAAACAAAAGCUGAAGAUCGACAUGAACUUGGAGAGUGAUAUAGUGUGACGGACAUCCACUAACAGACAUGGCAACAAAGAUCAAUGGAGA